CUGUUUCUUCGCGAGGCCUGCUGCAGUGCCUUGUUUUCUUUCUGGGCAAGCUGAGUGAGCUGAGUUGCGCGAGUGCUAGACAAAGUUGUGUAUUUGGGGCAUUACUUCGCGUACAUGCCCUUCCACAGCAGUUCCAAACUCUCCCUAGAUGAAACGGUGAAAAAGAUGAGCCGAAACAUGGCCCACCAUUAUGUUGUGACGGCUCACAAACCCACCGCUGUUACAGCGUGUGUAACCGGUAACUUUACAUCUCCUGACGAUUUGAACCUUAUCCUUGCCAAAAACACACGGCUAGAAAUUUACCUUGUUACACCUGAAGGGCUUAGACCCCUCAAGGAAAUUGGGUUGUAUGGCAAAGUUGCUGUUAUGAAAUUGUUUCGACCACCUCAAGAGAAAAAGGAUCUUCUAUUUAUUGUAACCAAACGUUACAAUGCAAUGAUUUUGGAGUGCCAAGGAGAUACUGAUAACUUUGAAAUAAUCACUAAAGCUCAUGGCAAUGUGUCUGACCGCAUCGGCAAGCCAUCAGAGACAGGCAUUAUUGCUGUAAUUGACCCAGAAGCCAGAGUCAUUGGCCUCAGACUGUAUGAUGGGCUCCUGAAAAUCAUCCCUCUUGAUAGAGAUAACAGCGAAUUGAAGGCAUCAUCCAUAAGAAUGGAGGAACUGAGUGUUCAGGAUUUAGCAUUUCUACAUGGGUGUCAGAAUCCCACUAUCAUUUUAAUCUAUCAAGAUCUUCAUGGAAGACACAUCAAAACACACGAAAUAUCUCUAAAAGACAAAGAAUUUGUGAAGGUUCCAUGGAAGCAAGAUAAUGUAGAAACAGAUGCAGCCAUGGUAAUUCCUGUCCCAGAACCUCUUUGUGGUGCUAUUGUCAUUGGCCAAGAAUUAAUUUUGUACCACAAUGGCAAUACAUCAAUUGCCGUUGCACCUCCAAUCAUCAAGCAAAGCACCAUUAUAUGUUAUGCCCAAGUUGACUCAAAUGGAUCACGAUAUUUGUUAGGGGAUAUGGCGGGACGCCUAUUCAUGUUGCUUCUUGAAAAGGAAGAAAGAAUGGAUGGAAGUUUCACCAUUAAAGAACCAAAAGUUGAGCUCUUGGGAGAAAUCAGCAUUCCUGAGGCAAUAACGUACUUGGAUAAUGGUGUUCUGUUCAUUGGUUCACGCAUUGGUGAUUCUCAACUCAUCAAACUGAACAAAACCCCCGAUGAAAAUGGUUCUUAUGUUAGUGUGAUGGAAACAUUCACUAAUCUUGCACCUAUUCGUGACAUGGUGGUGGUUGAUUUGGAGAGACAGGGUCAGGGACAACUAGUCACCUGCUCAGGAUCAUUUAAAGAAGGAUCUCUACGAAUUAUCAGAAAUGGUAUUGGUAUCCAGGAACAUGCAUCCAUAGAUUUACCAGGUAUUAAAGGAAUGUGGGCAUUGAGGACAUCUGCUGACAGCCGAUUUGACAACACAUUGGUUUUGGCAUUUGUGGGCCAAACUAGGGUUUUGACACUAUCAGGUGAAGAAGUAGAAGAAACCGAAAUUCCUGGUUUUUUGUCCGAUCAGCAAUCAUUUUACUGUGGGAAUGUGGAUCAUGAUCAAAUAAUUCAAGUUACACCUACAUCUGCGCGGCUUCUUUCUGUUGCAACCAAACAGCUUGUGUGUGAAUGGAAACAACCAUCUGAAAAGAGCAUUAGUGUUGUGGCAUGUAAUACUGCACAAGUCAUAUGUGCCACAGGAAGUGACCUGUUCUACCUUGAAAUUCGUGAGGGUGGUUUGGUCCAGAAAGGGCAUGUCACGCUAGAACAUGAAGUAGCAUGUUUGGACAUCACUCCAUUGCAAGAAGGUGCUAAAACAGCCAGUAUAGUGGCUGUAGGUCUUUGGACUGAUAUCACUGCUCGUAUUCUUCGAUUACCAAAUUUAGAAGAAAUCAACAGAGAAAGUCUUGGUGGAGAGAUUAUUCCAAGGUCUAUUCUGAUGACAUGUUUUGAGGGGAGCAAUUACCUUUUAUGCGCCCUAGGUGAUGGUGCUAUGUUCUAUUUCUCAUUGAGUAAAACGGGCAUUCUGACAGAAAAGAAGAAAGUCACACUUGGCACACAACCUACUGUUCUACGGACCUUCCGCUCAUUGUCGACCACCAAUGUUUUUGCUUGCUCAGACAGGCCCACAGUGAUUUACUCUUCUAAUCACAAGCUUGUUUUCUCGAAUGUUAAUCUUAAAGAGGUCAAUCAUAUGUGUUCUCUCAAUUCAGAAUCAUACCCGGACAGCUUGGCUUUGGCAACUGAUAGCACUGUUACCAUUGGUACCAUAGAUGAAAUUCAAAAGCUACACAUUCGAUCUGUGCCAUUGGGUGAAUCUGCAAGGAGAAUAGCUUAUCAAGAAAGUUCACAGACUUUUGGAGUAAUAACAAUGAGGAUGGAUGUGCAGGAUAGUGGUGGUGUACAACCGGCACGCCCAAGUGCGUCCACACAGACUCAAAGCACAUCCGUGAGCUCAUCCCUCUGCAAAAGUGGUAAUGUGGGUCCUGUAGCUAUGUCAACAGACCAUGGCCAGGAGGUGGAAGUUCACAACCUUUUGAUCAUUGAUCAACAUACAUUUGAAGUGCUUCAUGCUCACCAAUUCAUGCAGUCUGAGUAUGCAAUGUCUCUCAUGUCAUGCAAAUUGGGAGAUGACCCAACAACAUAUUAUGUCGUUGGAACUGCAUUGAUUAAUCCAGAAGAAAGUGAGCCUAAGCAGGGUAGAAUUGUUAUUUUCCAAUAUCAAGAUAAUAAACUCUUGCAAAUCCAUGAGAAAGACAUAAAGGGUGCUUGCUAUUCGUUGGUAGAGUUUAAUGGAAAGUUGUUAGCAAGCAUCAAUAGUACUGUUCGAUUGUUCGAAUGGACUGCUGAGAAAGAACUAAGACUGGAAUGUACGCACUUCAACAAUAUCAUUGCUCUAUUCCUAAAAACCAAAGGAGACUUUCUGUUAAUCGGCGAUCUCAUGCGAUCCAUGACGCUUCUUCAGUAUAAAACUAUGGAGGGCAGUUUUGAGGAGAUGGCUAGAGAUUACAAUCCCAAUUGGAUGACAUCUAUUGAGAUACUAGACGAUGACACAUUUUUGGGUGCAGAAAACUUUAUGAAUUUGUUUGUGUGUCAGAAGGACAGUGCUGCCACCACUGACGAAGAAAGACAGCAGAUGCAAGCAGUUGGUCAGUUCCACCUCGGUGAUAUGGUGAACGUUUUUCGACAUGGAUCACUGGUGAUGCAACAUGUGGGUGAGACUUCUACUCCAACUCAAGGAUGUGUUCUGUUUGGUACCGUCAGUGGAGCAAUAGGCUUGGUUACUCAAAUUCCUGCAGAUUUUUAUGAUUUUUUGCAUGAAGUUGAAGAAAGACUCACCCAUGUGAUUAAAUCUGUGGGUAAAAUUGAACAUGUCUUUUGGCGCAGUUUUAACACAGAGAUUAAAACUGAGCCCUGUGAAGGAUUUAUUGAUGGAGACCUUGUGGAAAGUUUCCUUGACCUGAGUCUAGAUAAAAUGAAAGAAGUGGUGGCAGGUGUACAGGUUGAUAAUGGCUCUGGCAUGAAGCAUGAUGCCACUGUGGAAGACUUGGUGAAAAUUGUUGAGGACCUGACACGAAUACAUUAGUUUCUGCCAUUUGGGAUUGGAUUUUAUUUUUUUCUUCAUUUUCAUCUGGCAUUUUAGAUUCCUUGCCCGGAAGGCAUGAAGGCAUUAAAUUUGGUAGCCCUUUAUUUUAUGAACUAUUCCCACAACCAUUAUAAAACUUGAUUUCACCAUUAAAUUAAGGAAAUGUCAUGUGCCUCUGUGUCCUGAUUAUUUUCAUUGUGAUUAAUAAAGUGAUGAAACUUGCUUUGUCUAGCUGCUACAAUUCACACCAAUAUGUUGUGAAAAAUUA